AUGAGUAGUGAUCGUGAUAGUCAUUCUCGAUCUUCAAGAUCUCGUCAUCGUUAUUUAGUAAAAUUAAGAGGACUACCAUAUUCAGCAACAAAAAAUGAUGUUCAUAAAUUUCUUAAACCCUGUCAUGUAUUGAAUGGUGAUGAUGGUAUUCAUAUGUUAAAAAUUGGAGAUGGACGCUCAUCUGGGGAAUGUUUUGUUGAUUUAGAAUCCGAUGAAGAUGUUCGAGUUGCAUUAUUAAAAUCAAAAGAUCAUAUGGAAAAUAGAUAUAUUGAAAUAUUUCGCGCUAAAAAUGCCGAAUAUAAUUUUUAUGUUAAAAACAAUGGGUUAAUAUCAUGGCGAGAACCCGUUGUUCGUGUACGUGGUUUACCUUAUCGAUGUUCAACGUCGGAUAUUCAAGAACUUUUUAGUGGCAUUGAAAUAUCAAAAAAUGGAGUGUAUAUUGCACGUGAUGUUGAAGACCGGGCUACAGGCGAUGGUUUUGUCGCUUUUAUAAAUAUGGAUAAUGCCUAUGAAGCGAUGGAAAUAAAACGAAAACAGAUUGGACACAGAUAUAUUGAAAUUUAUCCAAGUACAUACGAAGAAGCUCGACAACGAAUUGUUAAAGAUACAGGAUCAAAUUCAACAAAAUUUAGCAGACCAAAACAUUUUAUGAGAAGAGAAAAUGGAAGAGGUGGAAGAAGAUCAAGAACAAGAUCAAGAUCAGAAAGCCAAGAUCGUCGAGCAGAUCGUUCUUUGUCACCACGACCCCGUAAUAACAAUCGACGAAAUCCACCACCUCGAAGUCGUAGUCCAAUUCGUCGUCGUUCAUUAUCUCGUUCGCCUCGGAAAUAUGCCGUCAAAAUGCGUGGUUUACCAUUUCGUGUGACUGAAAAUGAUAUAAAAAAAUUUUUUUCUUCAUUUUGUGAACCGUCGGCAGUUGAAAUAUUUCGUGAUCGUGAAACAAAUCGUCCGAAUGGUGAUGCAUUAGCUUAUUUUGAUACCGAGAAUGAUGCACAAGAAGCAUUAAAAUUUGAUCAGAAAUAUAUUGGGAAUCGUUAUGUUGAAUUAUAUUAUGAUUCAUCUCGUACAUUCCGUAAUAAUGGUUAUAGACGUAGUAGAUCAUUACAAUCGCCAAGACAAAAUCGAAAUGGAUCUCGAUCACACAGUCGAACAAGACAACGAACAAGAACUCGAUCAAGAUCGGACAGAAGUAAAAUGGCUAGUCAUCUUUUAUUUUCAUUUCAAAAAGCAUGUGAACAUUAUUUUGACAAUGCAGUUUCAUUUCAAGAAGAAAAACGUUUAUACUAG